GUGAUGAAGAGUCUCCGCCACAAAUACGUGAUCAGUUUCUACCAGGCAAUUGAAACCACCUCCCGCCAUUACAUCAUCAUGGAGUUGGCACCAAGUGGUGAUGUCUUAGAAUGGAUCCAGAAGUCAGGAGCUUGUUCGGAAGCUCUGGCUGGGAAGUGGUUCUCCCAACUGGCCCUGGGGAUUGCCUACCUGCACGGCAAGGGCAUUGUGCAUCGAGCACUCCCUCCCCUUUCCUUGAACGGCAGGGACCUUAAGCUGGAGAACCUUCUCCUGGACAAGCGUGAGAACAUCAAGAUUUCCGAUUUUGGCUUCUCCAAGAUGGUGGCUGCCCAGACGCAGCCCCCGCCCACCCCCUCGUACCGUAUGAUGAGUUGCUUCUCCCACCUCAGCCAGACCUACUGCGGCAGCUUUGCCUACGCCUGUCCGGAGAUCUUGCUGGGCCUGCCCUAUAACCCCUUCCUCUCCGACACGUGGAGCAUGGGGGUCAUCCUUUAUACUCUGGUGGUGGCUCAUCUGCCCUUUGAUGACACCAACCUCAAGAAGCUCCUGCGAGAGACCCAGAAGGAGGUGGCUUUCCCCAGCCACCUCCAGAUCAAUGAGGAGAUUAAGGACUUGAUCCGUCGCAUCUUGCGCCCGGCCUCGAAACGGCUCAACAUCCUGGAGGUCCUCAAAGUCUCCUGGGUGCUGAAGUUCUUGGCGGAAAAGCCCACCACAGAACUGAAGGCCCUGGAGGCGAUCUGCGGACCCCGGGCAGUGGAGGCAGGCAAAAGCGCAACGCCCACCACCAAAUCGAGGUCCCUCACCUUUAAUGUGGAUAAAAAAAAAGCAGCCAGUCGGACUCGCAGCACCGGCCAGAUCAAGCCGUCGAAGAACGCAGAGAAAACGAGCUGAAAGAUGUAUUAAAAAAUGAGGGACUCUAAGCGGUUUGCGUCUGGCCGUGGGGCUGAGCUGCUGGAUCUCCAGCUGUGGGGACCUGUCGCCAAUUAUGUCCAGGGAAAGGAGGGGGAUGGAGAGAGAGUGCCCCAUCUAGGGCUGGCCUGUACCGGUCCAGAUAAAGUGGUGUGGUUUGGAUACUCAUCUGCGUGCUGUUUUUCUGAAGGUGAAGGACAGACCCCAGCUCGCUUUUGUGCUUCUUAAAAGGCACAAGAGUCUUGGGCAUAAGUUCCAGCAAGAACAAGUUCAGCUGGGGAGGGAGAAAGUGCUAGAUUGUGUGCAGGGCUUGGUGGGGGGGACGACUUUGUAUCUGGGGGGGGGAGCAAGACAUAUCCCACUCACUUCAGACAACACAUUUUAGGGCACUUUAUUCACUGGGCACAGAGAGCAACAAAGCAAAGGGCCACACUGCAGGAGCGCACAUGUGUAAACGGGGGCGGCGCUUCCCCCAUCCCGCUCCUGCCCACGAGUCAAUUUAAAAAAAAAAGCAGACCGAGCAAGCUUU